AGUUUUCUUUUUCUGUUAAAGCUGAAGCAGCCUAUGGACAUAUUCUUAUCUCAUGAUUGGCCAAGAAGCAUAUAUCAUUAUGGAAAUAAGAAGCAACUUCUCAAGACUAUCUUUUUCCGACAAGAAGUAGAAAAUAAUACAUUAGGAAGUCCUGCUGCCUCAGAGCUUUUAGAGUACUUAAAACCUACUUACUGGUUUUCUGCACACCUUCAUGUCAAGUUUGCAGCUUUUAUGCAGCAUCAGGUCAAGGAUAAAGGACAGACAGCAAAAGCAACCAAAUUUUUAGCCUUGGACAAAUGCUUACCACAUAGAGACUUUCUUCAGGUAAUAGAAAUAGAACAUGAUCCCAGUGCUCCUGAUUACUUAGAGUAUGAUAUUGAAUGGCUCACUAUUCUCAAGGCUACUAAUGAUCUUAUUAAUGUGACUGGGCGCCUGUGGAAUAUGCCUGAGAAUAAUGGCUUGUACACAAGGUGGGAUUAUAGUGCCACGGAAGAAUCUAUGAAUGAAGUACUGGAAAAAAUGAAUCAUGACCUCAAAGUUCCAUGUAACUUUAGUAUGACAGCUGCCUGUUUUGACCCUAGCAAGCCACAGACACAAAUACCAUUGGUUCAUAGGAUUAACCCUCAGACUACUGAAUUUUGUGCGCAACUUGGCAUCACAGACAUUAAUGUCAGGCUUCAGAAGGCCAAAGAAGAAAAUCAUUUGUGUGGUGAAUAUGAAGAGCAGGAUGAUGUGGAGAAUAAUGACUCUGGGGAAGACCCUAGUGAAUAUAACACAGACACAUCUGCCCUGUCUUCUAUUAAUCCAGAUGAAAUAAUGUUAGAUGAAGAGGAAGAAGAUGAAGAUAGUAUUAUAAGUGCACAUAGUGACACAAAUCCACCGUCUGUAGAACCUUCUUCUGGUCAAGCCUCUGACUUUUCUGCAAGUUUUUCUGAUGUCAGGAUCUUGCCAGGUUCCAUGGUUGUAUCUUCUGAUGAUACAUUGGGUUCCCCGGAUGACAGAGAGAAGCCUGGUGAGACUGUGGAGUUGGGAGGUGGAACGGACCUAACACAGGUGCCAAUGAAGAGGUUAAGUGAUGAACAUGAGCCUGAACAAAGAAAGAAAAUUAAGAGAAGAAAUCAAGCCAUUUACACUGCGGUGGAUGAUGAUGAUGAUGAU